AUGAAUAAUAGUAAUAGUAAUAGUAAUAACCAGUAUCAAAGGUAUAUCAGUAAUACAGGUGCUAGUGGUGGAACACCGACAUAUCAACAAGGAAUUCAACGUCCGAAUCAAAUGCAGUUAACACAACAACAACAGUUGCAAUUACAGCAGCAGCAGCAACAGCAGCAGCAACAGCAGCAGCAACAGCAGCAAAAUGACUGGAUGUAUACAAAUAAUAAUAAUAGCAAUAGUGGAGGUAGUACUAGUGGGAUCGUGCCGUUUUGGGAUGUACCAUCAAAUCAACAAAGAUAUAGUCUAUCACAGGAUGGAAAUCCAAUGCUGCUGAAUCCUUUUGGUAGAGGAUAUUCUAUUGUAAAUGGGAAUAUUAUGACAAGUGGUGCUGGUGGUAGUACGAGUGGUACUAAUAAUGCGAUGAAUCCAAAUCAACAAGUAUUAAGACAGCCUUCGUACAGCAAAAGAAAUUCUUCAAUGUCAACGUUUUUCUUACCAAACGAUCCUACUACAAAUGAAUUGGAUAUCUUUAGAAAGGAUUCAAUGAAACCCCCUAUGCUUAUUCCACAGGUGUCUCAACAACAGAAUAGUAGUGGUACGAAUGGAAAUAGACUUUCAAAUUCAAGUACUGAGUUCGAAACAUUUAUGCAACAACAACAGCCACUCCAACAGCAGCAGCAACAGUUGGCUGCUGCACAACCUGGUGCGUUCUAUAACCCGAGAAACUUGAAGUUUAACGACGAUUUCAAUUUCCAGUUUAGAUCAAGGAAAUCUUCAAUGAGAGACUCUCUGGAUUCAGGAACCUCAGGAACUUCAGGAACUUCAGGAAGGUUGUCUCAAGUCGGGCCUCAAAUAUCCAUAGACCCCUUAAGAAAGAGAAGUAUUCAAUUGUUAGACCCUAUGGAGGAAGAACACAUUAAUACACCAAGCUUAAACAGUAAUACCAAUAAUUAUGUUGUAGAUGAUAAUGAUAUCCAAAUUGAUACCCAUAUGGAUCCCUUACAUAAAAGGAGAAGUACUCUGAAUACGAAAAAUAAGAAGAAAAAAUUUAAAAAAAAUAAGAAGAAGGGAAAGAUUGACAAACAAGACAUUGAAACUUCAAGUGAUCAUGAAAAUGAAGAUGAUAAUUUAAAAUUAGUCGGCUCAACAAAGGUUGAUCAAUUGAUGUUGAUGAUUCAAGCACGUCAAAAGGGAAUCACCGAUAAAGUAAAGACUAAACCAAAUGGAGAAUUGAUUCUAGAAGAAAACUCAGGAAUAAUGCCUCCAAAGGAUGAAUUGGUAGGCGGUAUAGAAAAGCCAAAGAUCGAUCUUCAAAGUUCAAGACCCUUAAUUAUGGAUUCAAAUGGAGAUGUUUCAUCGUUAGUAUCAGGAAGUAACAUGGUUUCAAUAAAACCAAUCGCUAACACAAUAUAUCCAAAGGAUAAAAGAUAUCAAUGUCAAUAUUGUCACAAAUAUUUCUCACAACCAACACAUUUGGAAGUACAUAUCCGUUCUCAUGUAGGACGUAAACCAUUCAAAUGUAAAUUCUGUGGGAGGCAUUUCACUCAAGGUGGGAAUUUACGUACUCAUCAAAAAUUACAUACUGGUGAAAAACCGUACUCUUGUGAUGUUUGUUUCAAGAAAUUUUCACGUAAGGGUAAUUUGGCUGCUCAUUUACUCACACAUCAAAAUAUUAAACCAUUUAUUUGUAGAUUGGAUAAUUGUAAUAAGGGAUUCACUCAAUUAGGAAACAUGAAAGCACAUCAAAAUAGAUUUCAUCUUCAAACUUUACUAGAAUUAACUAAUAAAUUAGCCACUAUGGAAACAGAUAUUAAUUCAGUUCCAGAAAGUGAGAAAGAUUUAUUGAAUUAUUUUGCAUCCAUUUAUAAAAAUUCUAAUAAAGGUAUAAAAGGUCGUGGUAAAGGUUCGACUAAAAUCGUUCCGAAUAAUGAUUUAUUGACUAGUCCAAUGUCUAUCACAUCAGAACAUACAAAUCCUAGAGUAAUGUCUGGAAAUAUUGACACACAACAAAUGGUGGAAAAUGGAAAUUAUACCACAGCGCCACACACAAUUCAACAUAUUCCUCCUGUGACAACUACUGGUCCACCAAGCAUUAUCAACCCAAAUCAAAUGGUAGAAUCGUCGUUAUCACAAGGUAUCAAACAACCACAACUUAACCAGAACACAACGCCAAAACCACAACAGACUCAACCAUUUGUCCCACAAGAUGCCCUUGUAGGUAAUAUUUUACAAUUAACUGGGAAUGGUAUGAACAACUCUCAAAAUGUAUCCUCUACGGUUCCUAAUCCAAAUGUCAUUAAUAACUACCAAAUGACGUAUCCAGUCAAACCACAAAGUGGUACAACCUCUGAUAAUAUUCCAAAUUCCAUUAAUACAGCAUCAUUAUUGUCGAAUCAAGAUCCUAAGUUUCAACUGGAUGAAGGACCAGAUUGA